CCAACGAAUGAAUGACCCUUUGGCCGGGAUGGGGGCUCCCGGGCCCCGGGGAGCUGCGAAUCCCACCGACUCCUCCUACAGUCUGGGGCGCAGCGGGCCCUUUCCGCGCGACGUGGGGCGCGGGGCUCCCCAGGCUCCAUGCGGCCUGAGCGCGGCUCGGGCGGGGGCCAGCGGAAGCCGGGGCGGGGGCUGCCAGGGCCGGGCGGCGGGUCCGGCUCUCGGAGUGCGCGACGGGGACAAUCCGGACUGUGACUCCUGGGUCAAGGAGAAAGUGCUCUUUCUCCUGCACCCAGAGAGGUGGUUAGGGAAUCAAGGGGACCCCGCACGGGGAGAGGUGGCCGGUGUGGCGGACUUUCCUUGGGAGGACGGCGACCAUCGUGACCGAGAACUCAACUGCCCUUCUGUUUUUCAACGAGAAAAGCGAAUUUCUGGCAGGCGAAUAGCCGCCCCCUCCCAAGCCCCGCCGCGGGACCCCGCAGCCCCCGCCAGAUCCGUGCUCGUGCGGGUGGUGGAUUAUCAGAUGACCCAAGAAGUGCUGCAGACCGCGUGGACGAAGGGUCGCAUGACCACGAAGACCGAGGAACGCUCCAUGACCGCGGUCACUUUUCGGACCACUAGAGACUGAGGCUAUCUACGGGGCGCCGGGACCCCUGCCGAGCCCCGGGAUCCCCUCGCACCGAGAGACUCGCGCCGCGAGAGGAACUGUGCGUCCAGUGAGCUGAUGCCCAGAGGAGCUUAAACACCAAAGAGGGGCCGGGAGAAUGUUCCGGUCCGGUGCACGAGAGAGAAUCCUCAAAAGAAAAUGCUGUUUCGGGAACCCCAACCUGCAAUUAACCGACAGAAAUAACCUUUUAAGAGGCUGGCGCAGCGCUUCUGGGAGGCAGAUGACACCGAGGACAGCUUGAAGAACUGUGGGCCAACAAAGGCCUGGAGGUCAC